AUGGCCAGCCAGUCGCAGGGCAUCCAGCAGCUACUGCAGGCCGAGAAGGUGUCAGAGGCCUGCAAGCAAAAGAACCGGAGGCUGAAGCAGGCAAAAGAAGCUCAGGCUGAAAUUGAACAAUACUGCCUGCGAAGAGAGAAGGAGUUCAAGGCCAAGGAAGCUGCGGCUCUGGGAUCCCAUGGCAGCUGCAGCACCAAAGUGAAGAAGGAGACCCAGGAGAAGAUGACCAUGCUCCAGGCCUACUUCCAGCAGAACAGGGUUGAAGUCCUGGAUAACCUGCUGGCCUUUGUCUGUGACAUCCGGCCAGAAAUCCAUGAAAACUACCGCAUAAAUGGAAAGGGGAGGAAGAGCAGCUCUGCAUGCAGAUUGACAUGUUAGAUGCCUUCAUGGAAUACGAAGCUUCAGCAAAGCUUGAGUAGUUACAUCCUUGUGAAAAGGCAUUAAAUUAUUUCUGUAUAU